UCUGGGCAGAGGGGGCUGGAGGGUGGGAAGAUCACUUCUGUACAAACUCCGUAUAAAGAAGGAAGAAAAGAGACCCAUUGAGGACCCAGCACCGAGCCGACGGGGGACUGGAGAUGUUGGACACCAUCGCCCCUUCAGUGCAGGACCUGGGCAGGCAGGUGCUGCCCACACUGCCCUCGCUGAGUCAGGAGGAAGUCUCUACUAUCUGGGGGAAUGUGUCAGAAUUUGUGGAACGGCAGCUGUCCCUACAUAAGGGGGUUCAGAUUCCAGGACUUGGAACUUUUACUUUCAUGAGACAAAAGCUGGAAGUGGGAAACAAGAAGUUUAUCCUAAUUCAGAGGCCCAUAUUUAUCAUGGCAGAGAAGUUAGUACAGAUCCAUGCGCUCAAACAAAACAAAGUAUAUACUCCUGGUGAUAUCCCAAUUGUUCCGCUUAAUUUUGUCAUGAUAUCCCUGGAGGGUCCAUUUAACAGGGAUACAGUGGAAGGAUGUGUGAAGGAGACGUUGCUUUUUUUAUCUCGAUCCAUUUCCGUCAAACAAAAUGUGGAGUUUACAUUCAAAGGAAUUGGGGUCCUCGUGAUCAGAGACGGCAGAGUGAAGAUGAGAUUUUAUAAGGACUUCCUUUGUACAAUGGAUGGAAGUGGGGCGUUGGCGAAAGCCCUAGCAAAUAGGCCUGGCACUGUGGACUCGGUGUUGUCUAGCAGAGAGGCCUUGGGGAAGCGGCCGAACAGCGUGCUUGCAUUUCCAAGGAUUGAGCUCAGGGAGAUGGAGAACAAACCACCUAUGGAAACCAUUGUAGAAGAAGGUAGAAAGAACAGACAAAGGAAGUACAAAUUAAAAGACCAGUCAGACAAAGAAGAAGGCGUCAGAGAGAUCUUAUCACCCAAAAGAAUUCAAGAUAGACAAGCUCUCUCCCCUGGCAAAGUGACAAGUGCCAGCUUGCUGAACAAGUUGGAGCGAAGUGGGAGUGGUGGGAAGAAUAUGAACCCUGAAGGCUUAUCAUCUCCAGAUUGUCUGAAAAAUGAUAAUGAAAUGAAGCCUAAAAUUUCUCCAGCCCCUGCUUGCCAGGAUCAUAAUAAAGCAGGACAGGAAAUGUGUUAUGUGUGUUUGCAACGAGCACAACGAAAUUCCCCACUGUACUGCAGUGAGGAGAGGAGGAGGAGAGAGAUGGAAGAUGAGCAACUCAUACAGCAAUAUCAAAUGUUGAAGGACCAAGAGGCUCUCUUCAAACAGCAGAUGAAAAGUCUGGCUAAUAGAGAACGGAAUCAAAAAAAUGCUGCCUAUAAUCUUGGAGUUGCUGAAGCUAUAAGAAUCCACAAGAAUGAGAAACCUGAAUUUUAUAAAUCCUUCCUAUUUGAUAAACGGCCACUCAGUCCUGAGAUUAAUGCUUUUAAGCAAGAGGAAUAUUCCCAAAGUCUCCUGAAACAAAUGGAUAACAGACGGGAAAAGGAAAUCAAGCAAAGACAAAACAGAGAGUUGAUGGACCGCCUAGAACAAGUGCAACUCACAGAAGAACUUGCUGCACAAAGAGCCAAAUAUAUAAAAGAUAAGAUGGAAGAAACACAGUGUUACAAGAGAGCUUUGGAUGCACAGAUAAAGAACAAACCCCCCCAGCUGCCCAUGUUUGAGCCAGACUCUUUUGAGCCCAUCUUUGGUGAGAAUGAGGGUAAGCUGAUGGUGGAAAAGCGAAAGCGAGAACAGAAUUACAUGAAGCACCAGCUGAAGGCUGCUGCUAGCCACAAGAGGAAAGCCAUCCUGCACCAACUGGUGGACCAAAAGCGGGAUUUGCAGAUGCUUCAGAGGACCCAAAAAGAGCACUUGGCAGACAGAACUGCUGAGCUGGAGAGAGUGAACAGAAUCAACCAAAGCUUACAGGAGGACUGGGAAAGGAGUGCUGCAAUGAAGAGGCAGCGGGACCUGGAGGAGAAGGCUUUCGAGCGGGCCUCAGACAAGCUCUUCCUCCUGGACCAAUGUGAGAAGUAUCGGCGCUGCAAGCAGUGCCAGCGCAGCACCUCCAAUGUGGGCGAGAGCAACCUGUGGCCCCUGAACAAGUACCUGUAUGGCUCCCGCUUGUUUGUAUAAAACCCAAAGUUUGGACCUGUGUUUCCUGGGGAAGGUUUUUAUUUUUCAAAUGUUUAGGGGAGACGGUGAAAUUACAUAUUUGUACUUUAGAGGAAAAAAAUUAUUGUGUGAUUUUGGUGCUUUCAGGAAUAGAU